ACCAACCAAUCCAUUCAUAUUCUCCUAGUACACAAACAAAUCUCAACAUACUUGGGUUCCACUCAUGGUAGCCUCAGCAUCUUUCAACUUGCUGCGUCAACAGGGCCAGGGUUCUCUAUCUUUGCCAGCAGGGAGCUACAUCUAUUCCCUAUGCCGGAGUGGCAGUGAUGCGUUGGCUGCCAUCUCAUCAGAUAACUCGCUGCGGCGUUUUGAUCGGCAGACUUUGAAACUCCUACCCGAUGGAGUGGUCACGGAUGUUCACUCCGGAAGCAAUGGCGGGGUCACUUGUUUAUGCGCGGUUGAUGGAGCCAUUUCCGAAGCCGGUCCCCUGCUGGCUACUUCAGGAAGGGAUGGAACCGUAAGGCUCUGGGAUAGUAGGGCGAUGAAUCACGGCGCUGUUUCCGUUUUUUUGACCGGAAAUGAUAAGAGACCCGCUCUUCUUUCACUCGCAUGUAACCCAGCAAUAUACAGCAUAGUUGCAGGUAGCGAAUUGGUAUCUGCGCAAGCAGCACUGUCUUUCUGGGACCUUAGAUCACCGGGUCAACCUCGCAUGCAAUAUGUAGAGAGCCACAAUGAUGAUAUAACCGAGCUGUGUUACCAUCCUACCCGCAACGAUGUGCUUCUCUCUGGAAGCACUGAUGGCCUUGUUAAUGUCUACAAUACCACGAUCGCAGAGGAAGACGACGCACUGCUGCAGAUCAUCAACCAUGGAUCGAUUCAUCAUGCCGGGUUCAUUGGAGAUAAGGCCAUUUAUGCCCUCAGCCAUGAUGAAGUCUUCUCAAUCCACCCAUUUAACGAUCCUGAUCAAAACAUAGUGGAGCCUGCUCCUAUUCAGUUCGGUGAUCUUCGCUCUGCAUUACAUUGUGAUUAUGCUGUGGACAUUUUGGUUGAUGGAGGGAUAUAUGCCGCUGUGGGAAGCACCAGGGAGCAAACACUUGACUUGGUACCUAUUGUCGCCUCACCAGAGUUUCACUUUGAUCAGGCAAAGGUUUGGCGACUGCCAGGCGCACACGGUGAAGAAAUCGUUCGUUCCAUGUUAUUGGACAGUCAGUCUCAGACUGUCUUCACCUGUGGAGAAGAUGGCCAUGUACGAUUAUGGAGAGAAGACAGCGAGAUGAUCAUACAGAGUGACACAAAAUCUGCAGACGAGCCCAAAGUCAAGACCCGCCCGGAUUCACAAGCUCAUGACGGGAAACACUCGAGGAAUAAGGAAACGCGGAAAGAAAAGCGGCAUAAAGAUAAACGAUACAAACCUUACUGACAACACCGUUUUGUUUGCUUCGAUUUUUUUGAGGUCACGCGCGGAAUUAGCUAGCCCGUCCGGGUUCCCACCUUAGUACCCAAGGCCUUCGUCUCAAACCCUGGAUAACAUGUACCGUAUCCAGUAGGUUUCGAUGCAUAUCUCCUAUGCUACUAGUGACAAGACGCAGCCGCGUAUAAUUUUAUAUUUAUCAUUUGACAUAUCUGUUAUCUAAGUCUCCAGCUUUCGUGUCAACUCGAAGAAACCGUGCUACGACCCUUUUCCGCUCCAAGGAUCACCAUCCCAGCCGUUGGGAAUUUUCAAUUGGCCAACGAAGCUAGCGAGUGAGUCAAAUUAAGCAUUGCCCCAAAUCUCGGACGGCUCAUCCCGCCUGGCGUGUUCGUCUGUGCACAUCUCCCGGAGUACAGCCAAUCAAAGUGACAGACACCCACACCAGAAAGUUGGCGGAGCCGAGAACGGGUGCCGGCACUUCGCUUCGUCGCUGAAACUUUUGUCCUGCGAACUCAUUCAACAUUGUACUUCGUGCUCCGUACUCCGUAGAUAC